GUUGGAUUUUGCCACUUACCACUAAGUGUUCAAAAUGUCAGUUUUUAUAUGAAACGCCACGUAAGGGAAUUACCUUUACACUAAUUUCGUUCACUUAAUUUAAUUGGGUGUGACCUAAAUAAUGUUUAGUACGAAAUCUUCAACCCACACGUCAAAAACACAGCAGACAUGUCCGAUUUGAAAUGACAGAAUGACAUGGCCGGCAAUACAGUUUUCUAUAAAGUAUUGGGAGUUUACGCGCGCCAGGUUGCCGUUUCAUUUAUAUUUUUUCAAAUCCAAAAUCUUCAAAAAUGGAACAUGAAAUCGGUGAUACAAUUAAUUGUUACUUAUCACUAAUUGAAAUACUCGAACAACUGGAAUCUCACUUUAUAAAUGGAGGGACAAAACAUUAUCAAUUGGUUCGUCAAAAACUGGCAAAUUGUUGCCAAAAAAUCGACAUUAUUAUCACUUUAGAAACAAAUAACGCCGAUUUUCUUGUGUCGCUGUUUCAACAAAGACACCAGCUCACUUUCCUGCUUGAAAUCACUGAGAAACUAAUUCAGACAGAACCAACAAUCAAUCAACCACUCGACGAAAUCGCAACCAAAAGUAUCGAAACACCAAGAGUUCGAGGUCUUAAUGAAAUAAUCGGUCUCUAUGAAAUCAAAAAAACCUUGAAAUCGCUUGUUAUCCUCCCAAAAACACAGCCCCAAUUAUUUAAGAAUCGUACGAUUUGUAACAGUAUUUUACUAUAUGGCCCCCCGGGAACGGGGAAAACACGCCUCGCGCACGCUCUGGCGGCGGAGGCCACCGCCACUUUUUACUCGAUUUCGGCUGGGGAUGUCUUAUCUCCUUACGUGGGACAAACGGAAAAAACGAUCAAGGCUUUAUUCCAACAUUUGAAAAAUGGUUGCGAAUUCAGUAUACUUUUCAUUGACGAAAUUGAUGCGUUUUGUCGCAAACGAAGCGGCAGUGAACAUGAAUACACUAGAAGGAUCAAGACUGAACUAAUGUGCCAAUUAUCGGGCAUUGAAAACUGCAAGAACUUUAUUAUAGUCUGUGCUACAAACUGUCCCUGGGACCUGGAUUGUGCCAUUUUGAGACGCUUCCAGAAGCGUAUUUACGUGCCUUUGCCCAGUCAAAUCGAACGAUUGGAGUUUUUUAAAUUUUUUACAAGAAAUAUUCAUUUUGAGGGCAGUAAUGGUGAUUGGACAACACUACUUGAAAAAACCGAGGGUUUUUCUGGUUCGGACUUGAACGAUUUGGUCCAAACAGCCCUAAAUAUCCCGCUGAAAGAAUUGGAAGAUACGAAAAUUUGGAAAUGCAGUGAUGAUGGUUUUUAUGAACCAGUGAUGGGAGAACAGGAUUUGUCCAAAGUGGUUUGUUCCGAAUUGCAAGACUUGCCUUCAAAUUCGAUCAAGGAAAGAAGUGUUCAAAUGAACGAUUUUCUGAUAGCUGCAGAUUCAGUUAAAAGCACCGUCAGUCCUAAUGAUGUUAGAAAAUAUGAAAAUUUUUGUGGGAUUUAGGUGAAAACAACAGUUAGGUUUCUUGUUGUUUAUUGAUCUUAAUUUUCGUAACUUAUGCACACUUUGACAAUAAAAAAUGUCGCUCAUCGUUA